GGUAAAGACAAUUGAAUUGCGCGAAAAAAAAUAAAUUUUAAAAUCUUCGUGAUAUCGUGUCUAUUUCCAGACAAUUAUUUUUUAAAAAUAUUAUUAAAUCAUAAAAAAUAUCAGAAUUUUUUUAAAGAGCAAAAUUUGAAGACGUAGAACGAGAAAAAUGACUAUUUACGCUAAAAUUGUGCAAAUCAUCAUCAUGGCUUAAUGCUCGAGUUCAUCGUAGCUGCUCCAUCGAUUCCUCCAAAAAGACAACAAAAACAAAGAAUCAUGUCAACUGAUGCCAAAGUCGCGUCAUUCGGUAAAUGGACCUCGUUACUAUUUGUCUUUAUGACAGCCACGUUUGCCGUUAUCAAGUUGGGAAUGCAGCUGAUUGCGCCAAAGAAGCGGGAAUUGCGAGGAAGUCAUGUUUUGAUGACGAACGGUGACUCAAUUCUCUCACAAAAGUUGGGACAGAAACUUGAAGAAACAACCGGCUGUAAGGUCAUCUACUUGCCGAGCGACGUUAACGCACAAAAAUUAACGAGCAUCAUCAACAGUAUUUACCAAAAAUAUCAAAAUAUCGAUGUAAUUGUCCACAAUGGGCAUCAAUUUGUGACAAAUGCGCAAGAUGAAGCCUGUUUUGCUCUCAAUGAGGGGCAUGGAAUCGUUGAAAUUCUGAAUAUCCUCAAACACUGCAUUCCAAAGAUGUAUCUCGCGAACGGAGGACAUAUCGUCUCCAUCAAAUCCAACGAGAGCUCUUUCCAAGCCUUAAUUGACACGAGGAACGAUUUCCGUGACUACAUCCUCGACUUAAUUCGUGAUACCAGAAGAAAUUUCGUCGAAAAUCUUCGAGAACCGGAAUUUUCCAUGUCUGUCAUCCAGUGUGACAUCAAUUGGAGUUCGCGUGUGAGCGAAUCGCAUCUCGUGGCGAAACUCAAUGAAGCGAUUUGCCGUCAAAAAGCUGUCGUACGACUCGAAAGUGGCGUGCUCAAGUCCAUCCAGAGAUUUUUGCGACAUUUUAACGUCAUGACGGAAUCCACGUUGAACCUGCUGUGACGAAAAAUCGGUGAAAGAGUGAUAAAAAUUUUUUUAAGUUUAAAUAAAAAAUAAGUUUUAAU